UAGACGUGCGGAGAUUUUUCGUCCAUUCCACGUGUCCGACAUUACAUACAUAUCACCGGUCCUGUUAAUAGAGACAUUCAGAUGAUACCUGUGGAUGGUAAACCGUGUUACCGGUGUCACCUCAUGAAUUCACCGUGUGCCCAUUGGCAUAUCGAUGCGUCGUAACGAUCGAUCGAUCCUUCUUCGUGUUACAUUUGCUCAUUGGGGUAAUUAACGCCCGGAUCAUAACAGACAGUCACUAAGAACGUCCGGGGUUUUGUCAAGCACAUUAGUUGUUGUAAAACGUGCAAAAAAAAACGGACACUCGGCGAUUUACUGGCGAUUAGUGUACGCCGAGGGCUCGACACCAUGGAUUACAGACUUUUCUCGAAUAACAACAAUAAUUAUCCCACGCAUCACCAUUGGUUUCCAAAAAUGUGCUCCUGCUUGGAGGGUGGCACCCUGGGAUCUGUCAAUUUUCCAUCUGGUCAGUCCAGAAGCUACAAGCGACUUGGUUCCGGGCCAACUCUGUUCGAUCUCAGUGAGUUGAUGCAGAGAACGAGAAAAGCCGAGCUUUUGCAGGAUGAAACGAUUGAUGAUGAGAGACAGGCUGAGAUCACGUUCUACAAUAGCGAUUUGACGUGGAAUAUGAUCGUCGUUGAGAAGAAUUUACGUACAAUGGAUCUUUGUGAACUGCUCAAGGUGAAGAAUAGAGUCAGUGGGAUGGACUGGUCGAUUGUGGAAACCUGGACGGAACUUGGAAUUGAACGAACAUUGGAAGAUCAUGAGGAUAUACUCGGAGUUUACAAAGAAAUGGAACUCUUUGCGUCUCAUCACGAAAGGAGAUUCUUCUUCCAAAGAGAUUUCAUGAAAUAUGAAUUAUUCAUCAAUCCAAAGCAAUUCUUUUCACCCGAUAUGGUAGCACUACCCAACUUCGAGGAGAGAAAUUUCAUGAGCAGCUUCGAGAGUAAACUCAAAGAUCACCUCAUGCGAAAUGAUAUGGAGUGUCCCAUCGUGUUUAGUACUGUCUGGCUGAGGGGUGAAAAUUCACAUAUUUGGAAGAAAACGUAUAUGAUGCUGCAGGACAGAAAAUUAUACAUCACGAAGAAGCCUCACAAUGCCACAGCUCCAAUGCGUCCAAUG